CACGGAGUCCGAUUUUGUCAAAAAAUGUAAACAAGUGUUCUGAAUACCGCUUAAAACUUUUAGGAAAGGAAUGCUGUGGAGAUCAUUUGUUACUGCCAGCAAACAGAUUAGGAUGUCUUACUUCAACUAUAAUUACGCUCUUAUGCGUAAAAUGCCAAAAAGUUUUGAGAAAGAGGCCAUUAGAAUGGAUGAAACUCAGGAAGUAGAUUUUGUGAAAGCCAGACAACAAUUAGAUAAUUAUAAAGAUGCUUUAACAAAGUUAGGAUUACAAGUUAUUGAUCUAGAUGCAGAUGAGGAAUAUCCUGAUUGUAUAUUUGUGGAAGAUCCAGCCAUUGUUAUUGGUAAAAAGGCUCUAAUCACACGGCUUGGUCAUGUCAAUAGACGUGGAGAGACAGGACCAAUAAAAGAAGUAUUACAGAAUAAAUUACAACUUGAUAUAACUGAAAUGAAAGAUGAAGAUGCAACAGUUGAUGGUGGAGAUGUUCUGUUUACAGGAAAAGAAAUUUUAGUAGGACUCAGUGCGAGAACCAAUGAAAAAGGUGUAAAAACAAUAGCAGAAACCUUCCCAGAAUUCCCUGUAACAGGAAUUCCUGUUCAUCCGACUGUUCUUCAUCUUAAAUCCAUAGCAACCAUGCUUGGUGAUGGUGUCAUGGCUGUUGGUGGUAGUUCAGCAGCGAAUGAAAUGUUCCAGGCUGUAAAAAACAAGGCCAAGUUUGAUUAUAAAUAUGUGGAACUAGAAAAGGAUACAUCAGCCAAUGUCUUGUAUAUCAAUGGAAAAGUUGUUCAUAAAACACAACCAGAAUUAGGCGACCACGAUUACAAAAAACUAUUGAGUAAUAUAUCAGGAGAUAGAGUAGAAGUUUGUAUGGAUGAAAUGUAUAAAGUUGAUGGUUGUUUAUCAUGCUGUUCUAUACUAAUCAACAAUUAGCAAUUAUAAUAUUAUAUAUUAAUUAAACAUACAUUAUACAUCGGAUAGGUCUGAUUUUAUGUAGAUUAGAACUGUUCAGCCAUUUAAUGAUUUAAUCUAAAAAUGGUGAAGCAAGGCUAAGCUUUGAACAACCUUGUAUGGAGGUUACAUCCAUAGCACACAUCUUGUCAAACUUUCAAAUGCUAAUAUCUCCACUCAGAGUAAAAGAAUUUGAAUGAAAUUUUCAAUAUAUUCAUUUGGAUGAUCUAUUUUGAACUAUUAUAGCAAGAACGGCCAACUCUUUACCUAAAUCUUACAUAAUGUAUCUUUAACAAUUAGCAAUUAUAAUAUAUAUUAUAUAUUAUUAACAACUGGUAAUUAUAAUAUACCUGGUUACUUACAUUAUGCAAGACCUAAAUCUGCCUAUUGCAGGUCUUUCUUUAGGCCUGAAAUGUUAUCUAAAUUAUUACCUAGACAUUUAUUAACUUAUUCAGACCAUAAUAACUCUCGAUGUCAUUACUAGCCUGCGAUAUUUACUGGAUUACGAUCAGAUUUGCUGCUCAACUUUCAUUGUACCAACUUUAGUAAUGAUGAUCGAGGCUAGGCUGAAAAUUAAGUCGCUAAAUUCUUGGUUCAGAGUCGAUCAAAUUGACCGAAAUUUUCAGCAAAUACCCUUUACAUUAUCUGGUUUUUAACUAUUAUAGUGAGAACUGACAGCUCUUUAUCUCUUCUCCCAUAAUGUAUCUUUAACAAUUAGCAAUUUUAAUAUUUUAUAAUACUAUAUAUUAAAGAUACAUUAUGGGAGAUUCGGUAACAAGUUGGCAGUUCUCACUAUAAUAGUUAAAAACUAGAUAAUGUAAAGGCAAUUUGGUGAAAAUUUCAUUCAAAUUGAUCCACUAUUAACCGAGAACUAAGUGACUGAAAUUCCCAUUAGCCUCGAUCAUCAUUACUAAAGUCAGUACGAUAAACAGCAUAGUCUCGAUUAUCCAUUUAAUUGUUUAAUAGAGAAGGAAAGUUAUGCAGUAAAUCGGCUUACAAUCCACUAAAGAUUGCAGGCUAGCGCUGCCAUCUAGAGUUGAUUAUGGCCUGGAUAGGUUAAUUAAUGUCUAAUUAAUAAUUUAGAUAACAUUUCAGGCCUAAAGAAAGACCUGAAAUAGGCAGAUUUAGCUCUUGCAUAAUGCAUGUUUAAUUAACAAUUAUAAUAUUAUAUAUUGAUUAACAAUUAGUAAUUAAUAUAUACCUGUUUACAGUGCCAGAUUUACCUAAUUAACAGUUAUAAUAUUUUAAAACAAAAAAAUGUAAUGGUUCUCAGACAAUCCUUCCGAAAAAUCUUUUUAAGUAAAAAGGUGGUUUUUAUUUUGUCAAAGCAUUACUACUGGGCUAAACCUCACAUUUCAAGCCACUACAUUUAUCUCAUCAUGCUGUUUACAUAUCCAGUAUUAUUUAUGACUUAACAACACUUUAUCAGACUUGCGUACUUGAUAAUUGAGCCUACUGUACAUUUUCGGAUUCAUUCAAAAGUUUUAAAAUUACUUCCUGUAACCGGGGAAAAUAUCUACAUGUGGUAAUAAAUGAGAAUGUAUUUAUUUUUAGAAUAAAAACAGAUCAUGCUUCCCUUUCAAAGUGACACAGGAAUAUCUGAGAGCUGGAAUAUUUUGUUUAUAACCUUACUUCAUACAACAAUAUACCGGUUCUAUAUCAUUUAAAGAUACAUUAUGUAAGAUUUAGAUAAACAAGUGGCAGUUCUUCCUAUAAUAGUUUAAAAAUUUAAAAUGAAAAAUGAUUAUAUUAACAUAAUGGUCUUGAUUGUCAAGUACCAUUGCUACGAUAAUAAACAAAGUUUUUAUUUUCCAUUUUAACGAUUUGCAAAGAUAUAGAAGACUUUGUCUAAUUAACAUAAUAUCGCAGUUAUGCCAUGCGAUGGUCUAGAAAGUUUACGCAUGUGAAUAAAUGUCUUAAUAAUAAUUUAUGCAAUAGGUCAUUUUAGCAACAAAUUAUGAUAUUAUCUACUACCUCAUACAACCGGUGAUAACAUUUAUUGACGCAAAUCAGAGUACCUGGAAAAAUUUUACUGGGCCAGUAGUCAGACAAUUUGAAAAUAACUAGGAGGCCAUCCGUUACAGUUUUUAUAUACCAAAAUUGAAAUCACGCAUUCAGCUAGAAGUACAGUGAUUGUAUUUCAAAUGAUCAACCAAUCCGAUUACCACAGAUGUAAGAAAUGUUAAGAUACUGUUAUUGUGAAUACAAGUCCAUAUUAAGUUGGUAUCUUUGCAUUGGGAAUAAAGAUAUAGUUUUUCUAAAAAUUUGACCAAAGAAAAGAAAUUCCUGUAGAUUAUGUUAUUUUAAGUUUUAUCAAAAUUUGAUUCUUAAGAAGUAAAGUUAUUCCAUUUCAAUGAAUAUACCUGCAAUCAGAUUGAAAAAGACUAAUUAAAUAUGCACAGUUUAUAUUUAUGUUGGACUUUAACCAAAUGGCUGAUAAAGGCAGUAUAUUCCUGGUGUUUAAAAAAUUCAUGUGUUGUAAGUAAAGUUUUUGCAGUGCAAUUUAAUAAAGUCAUAGAAAAUGAAAGUAAAGUUGUUGUCUUUCAC